AUGGUCAAUCUUUCUUCGAUGUUGCCUCUUAUCCCAUUCUCCGUACAAUCCUUCUUCAACAUCGCUCCCUCGUCCCCAAGUCCCUCCCCUCAGCAAGCCGACAAAAUGUCACGCCCAUCUACGCCCGCGCCCAUAGACACCUCUUGCGAAUCAGGCCGGUCAACACCAUUGUCCAAAACGGCCGACUCGGGCUAUGGGUCAGCAGCAGCCAGUGAAAUUGACUUGCCUGAGGUAUACUUCACGAAACCACACCUGCAGUUCAUCAACCGACAAUUACAAAACCUCGAGCCACAAGAGAUUCUGCGAUGGUGUGUGACAACGUUACCGCAUUUGUUCCAGACCACCGCCUUUGGUCUGACUGGACUCGUGACCCUCGAUAUGCUCUCAAAAAUGGACAUCCCUCGGCCCCAGAUGGUCGACAUGAUCUUCCUUGAUACAUUGUAUCACUUCUCAGAGACUCUCGACCUGAUCGACAGGAUAAGAGCCCGGUAUCCCAACAACAAUGUGCAUAUCUUCAAACCCGUAGGCGCCGAGACCGAGGCAGAAUUUGCUGCUGUGUAUGGAGAUCGACUAUGGGAAACCGACGGCGAACGAUACGACUAUCUUGUCAAGGUCGAGCCUGGCCAACGUGCCAAUCGCCAGCUCAACGUACAAGCAGUUCUGACGGGACGUCGCCGGUCACAAGGCGGCAAGCGUGGAGACUUGCCUAUCAUUGAGGUCGACGAGGAUGGCACCAUCAAAGUGAACCCUCUGGCCAACUGGUCCUUCAAGCAGGUUAAGGAAUACAUCGACGCCAACAGCGUCCCAUACAACGCCCUUCUAGACCAGGGCUACAAGAGUGUAGGCGACUGGCACUCAACACAGCCUGUUGCCGAUGGUGAAGAUGAGCGGGCCGGACGUUGGAAAGGCCAAGAAAAGACCGAAUGUGGCCUUCACAACCCCAAGUCGAAGUAUGCAUUGUUCUUGAUGGAGCAGGAGAAGAAAAGAGAACAGGAAGUCCUACAUGAAGCACUGAAGAGGGUCGACCUCAAGUCAUGA